AUGCGCGGGAGCAGCGGAAGAGCUGUUGCCUGCAUCAUUGUGCUGGAGUUAUCGCUCUGUACCCUCAUGAAGUUUGUUGAGUUGGAGGCAGAACAUCCUUUGAUCAAAGAGGAGUGGAAAGGGGGGUUCACUUUUCCUCGGGAACUUCUUAAGGUAGUUGUUGAUGGAUUAAUUCCCUUAAAUGAGGAUGCUUCGCUCCUGAUCUCUCGCUUCCAAGAAUAUAUGGAGUAUGACGAUAUUCGGUACUUUGUGAUGAAGGCAGUCACUGAGAGUAUUGGACAAGUCAUGCAGAAGACGAAAGAGAGGCCGCUGCCAUUAUACCAGCAGAACAUAUUUUCCCUCAUUUCACCUAUUAACAUGCCAAACAAAGAGCGCGACAUGGUCAAGUUUAUGGUGAAGCAAGGUAACCGGGAGGAGUGGAAAGUGUCAAAGCUGCAGGCACACAAGCAGGCAUUUGAAAAGAUGUGGCUCAGUUUUCUGAAGCACAAGCUACCGAUUGGCCUUUACAAAAAAGUUCUUGUUAUUCUGCAUGACUCCAUUCUGCCUUAUAUGAAUGAACCCACUCUCAUGAUAGACUUCCUGACAGUGGCCUAUGGUAUGGGUGGAGCAAUCAGUCUCCUAGCCUUAAAUGGAUUAUUUAUUUUGAUUCAUCAGCAUAAUCUGGAAUAUCCAGACUUUUACAAAAAGCUGUAUAGUCUUUUGGACCCUUCUAUAUAUCACGUGAAGUAUCGAGCCCGAUUUUUCCAUUUGGCUGAUCUGUUUUUGUCUUCGUCUCACUUGCCAGCAUACCUGGUAGCAGCAUUUAUAAAGCGCCUCUCCCGGCUGGCCCUCACUGCUCCUCCUGAAGCUCUGCUCAUGGUCGUUCCUUUCAUCUGUAAUCUCUUUCGGAGGCACCCAGCGUGCAAAGUGUUAGUACACAGACCUGAUGGGCCAGAAGAUUUGUCAGAAGAUCCAUAUAUUAUGGAGGAGGAGGAGCCAUCUGAAAGCAGGGCUUUGGAAAGCUCCCUCUGGGAGCUACAGUCUCUACAAAACCAUUAUCACCCAGAUGUGGCCCAAGCAGCUGCUAUCCUGAACCAGUCGCUGUCAGAAAUAGAGGAUGACAUAUCAGGGCUCUUGGAGCUCUCUGCUUAUGAGCUUUUUGAUAGAGAAGUAAAGAAAACAACCACUGAUGUACCCCUGGAGUUUGAGCCAGUGAGAGGUUUGUUUGGGAAGAAGAAUGAUAUCUUUGCGGAGCACUUUACCUUAGAGUGAUGUGAUCGCUAAUAAACACGUUUGCACAACUGAUUGACCCUGGGGACAUGCACAAAGCACGCCUGCUGUACUGAGUGGUUUCUGGCUUUGAAAUAUCUCCAAGUGGUGAGAGCUGGACCGCUUGAGAAAUUGUGCCUUCUUUAGAGACCUGUGCCAGCACCCACAGAUGGACUUUUCCUUUUGUUCUUGUUUCUCGCUCUAGCAGAUUGCUGCCUGAUGCUUGGGAGGGACUUUCCCUCUGAGCAGAGUUUUCUGGAAAUGUUCAUGUCUGGGAUUCCAGCACUUUUCUCUGAGGUGGCUGGUGCUGGCUGUGAGGACAGACCAUCCUGCUGCCCUCAUAAGGGACUGAGGGAAGGUGUGGCCUCUGGCUACUGCUCUUGUUUUCUAGCUGUGUUAGUUUUGCACUAGAGCUGGCAACCUGCUUGUAGCAAGUGAUCUCAGUGUGUAGCUAUAAACACCUGGUGAUAUUCUAGUUAUAAAUAUUUUAUACAUACUUUUAAACUCACCUCUUGAGAGAGAUGUUUAACUUCCGUGUACUGGUCUUAAUACUCCCGUGUUCCAGGCGCUGCAUGCUUAGGUAGGUCAAAAACAACUCACAGAUUAUGCUCAAUAAUUCCAUCUAUGAUGUGUCGCCUAUGUUCCUUCACAUGCAUCUGUCUCAUUCUGUAAAGUUGCCUAAUUUGGAAAUGUUCAUGAGCUUUGGAAACGAGCAUAAUCUUGGUGAUUGCUAUAAGGAUCUACCUGCUCAACUGGAGUGCAGUGGGAGGUAGGUCUAAUCCUUGAUUUUUGCUUUGGAACGAUAAGCAGCUUAAUGUAGUUUUGCUUGCAGCUUGCAAGCGUUGUACGAACUGUGCCCAAGUAUACCCAGGUGCCAAUCAAGUUUUAACUAGCUUCCACUAAUACUAGGUGGCUUUAUUAAUUUGUUUUUUCCCUGUAUUUCCAAAAGUGAUGCAGAAAUUCCUUCUGAUUGUGUUUCCCGAGAUGUUCAGUGUUCUGUCUUGGUUCUGGAUGCACUCCUUGUUAAGAAUGCAGGUAGACUCACUGAGCACUUGUUUCCUCUUAUCAUUUUUAAUAGUUUAUUCUUUUCUCUCUAGACUUUAACUCCAUUUACAAUAUUAUGAAAUCAUAAUUUGUAAAGGAGAAAAAUACAGUCAAGAAAGUGAAGCCAAAGCAAACUAUUUUCUGGCAGAUGAGGCUGCUUAAGUCAAGGAAAACUGCAGCUGUUGUAAAGACACUAAGUGUUAAAUUUUCUUCAUCCCUUGUUUUCAGGCUAUCCAAACAAUAAAUAGGUAAAGGACCAUGUAUUUGCAAUGAAAUCGUUUUCUCAUCAGGUCUUGGACAUGCCUCCAGAGUACAGAGCUGUAUCCUCUGUUUUUUCUCUGAUACUUUUGAAUUCAACUGGGGGGGUUUCGGGAUCCGUAGCCACUUUUUUGAAAAUUCCACUCUCUGUUGUUCUGCUUUGUGAAAAAGCAGGACUGUCCCCUCCCUGGCCAGCCUGCUUUUCUUUAUCCUUUGACUUAUGGUGUCUGGUAGGAAGGUAGAGUGGUUGAGAUCCUAGCUUGCAACUUGAGAGACCUCAGUUCAAGGUCACCCAAAGCUUUGUGUUUCAGCUCUAAAAUGCAUUUCCCUCUAUCGUAUCUAUGUUGUGUGUAUGUGUUUAUUAAACGUUUUGAAGUGCUCUAAUAGUAAUGAGGACCACCUAAGUACCUUUGGAAGAUGUAUAUACUUGUACCAUCUUUCAGAUUGAAUAAUAUACCUUGGAAAUAUAUAUAUUGAAUACA